AUGAAUAUUCAAAGAGAUACAUAUAGUAGUUAUAAGCAUAGAAACACGUGGAAGGUUCUUAUAGGAAUUGCACCUAAUGGUGUAGUUACUUUUGUAAGUAGCUUAUUUCCUGGUUCUACGUCUGACAAAGUGAUUACAUUGAAAAGAGCACUUAUAGAGCAGUUAGUACAGGGAGACCUAAUUUUAGCUGACAAAGGUUUCCUAAUCAGAGACAUUUUACCACCUGGAGUAUCUUUAAAUCUACCACCUUUUCUAGACACUCCUCAGUUCACACCUCAACAAGUAUUAUAA